GCAGUUUCAAAGGUCUAAACCAGCAGAAGAUCAUCAUGAGCGACUGGAAGAAAAUGAGCACAGAUGAGCUCGAGCUUCAGUACUCGCCGAGUCGCUGGUCACUCAGGAUGUCCGCGGAUGACGUCAUCAGAGCCCACGUGGCCGCUUUAAAAUCAGGGACAGAGAAAGCUCGAGCUGUCACUCAGACUUUGAUUGACGUGCCAUACGGUGAAGGUGACAGAGAGAAACUGGAUGUUUACCUUCCCUGCAGCUCCAGUCCAGAUCUGCCGCUGGUGAUUUACUUUCAUGGAGGUUACUGGCAGUUCCUCAGUAAGGACGAGUCCGGGUUCCUGGCCCCGCCGCUGGUCCAGAAGGGCGUGGUCGUGGUCGCCGUGGGUUACAGCACCGCUCCUACAGGGAACAUGGACCUGAUGGUGUCUCAGGUGCGCAGGAGUGUGGCGUCCGUGAUCCAGCAGUAUUCGCACAUCAGCGGGCUCUACCUGUGUGGUCACUCUGCAGGAGCACACCUGGCCGCCAUGGUCCUGUCCACCGAUUGGUCCGAGUACGACAUCUCCCCGCAAAUCAAAGGGGCUGUUCUGGUCAGUGGCGUUUACGACCUGCAGCCGAUUCUGGCCACGUACGUGAACGAGCCGCUGAAGAUGAACGAGGAAGUGGCAUUAAGGAACAGCCCGAGUCACUUCCUGUCGCAGCUCAAAGUCUCGUCUACUUCCUGUGACAUCAUCGUCGCUGUGGCGCAGAACGACUCGCCCGAGUUUCGGAAGCAAUCAGAGGAAUAUUUCAAAGCGCUGGAAUCUGCCGGUCUCACGGUCUCUUUUGAAGACGUUCCCGACACCGAUCACUUCAGCAUCAUAGAGCAGCUCGUUGAAGAGGACUACCGCCUCACACAGCUCCUGCUAAAGAUGAUGGGGAAAAGUUGAUGAUUGUCCAAUUACCCAGAAUGCAUUGCUUUGCUGCCGGUCCCGCGGAUAAUGGAGAUAUUGUCCAUAAAAACAACAGAGCCUCUGUAUUAGAGGAGCGCGUCUCAAGAGGAAUUCAAAGACAAGGCAAACUCAUUGUACACUUGUAAAACUCUUAGCGUUAUUUAAGGUCAGUUUUAGUACAUUAGA